UCAAACAGCUGAUGCCAGAAUACUGUCAAACAGCUCAAUGCUUCCUGAAUGUACAGCUGUUGGAAAAGUACUGCAUUUAAUCAUUGAAACAUUGUUGGAAUUUAUUUUGCUGAUCUGCUCAAGCCUUGUAAGCUGUGCUAUAGCCUUGAAGUUUUCUCCAUUCUGCUCUGCAAGAAAUAGUGAGUACCAGUGUGUAGCAUCCUUAUCUGAUGAGCCCAAUGCUUGCUUUGUGUAGAGAAUAUUUCCUACGUACUGUGUGACUAUGCACCUCCCAGAAUGCAAUACAUAUUAUGAGCUGAAUCCCUGUCUUCUUUUCAGUGAGAGGAAGUUGCCUUUGCUGUAAACUGCUCACUCCUUGCAAGUAAAAUCCUGAAGAAGGUCUCAACUGAUUGUGUCUGCUUUUUUUUAAGAUUUACAAAGGGAACUAACAAUUUCCCUAACAUAAUUGGGGGCUCGUCCGGGAUCCCAAGAUCCUCGCUUUGCCGGGACAUCGAGUCGGCGACUGAAGUCUGUGCACAACCAGGUUUGGAACCUGCAGAAAAUCCUGGGAGGUGAAUUCCUGCCCAGGUCAGACGUCGGCUGGUGGUCCGACGAGGCGAGGUGACGGGAUCCUGAACCAGGGCCAGGACACAGAUCAGGCGAGUAUGAAAAGAGUAAAUCCUAAGGUAUCUUAAAUUCCGUGAGUGGCUCACGAGGUAAAAGAAGACUGGGUCUUCAGAAAGUUCCGUGACGAGGUCACGAGGUAAAAGAGGACGGGGUCCUCGUAAAAUAGAUUAAUGAUAGUUUGUCUGAUUGAAGCAGCGGCAGAGUGGAAACCUAACGGUGUUAACGUAAACUCUGUGAUCAGUUGAAGUAAAUCAGACUAUAUAAAUAAGUGUUAUUGUUUGUCGGUCUCUAAGUGAAUUUUAACUUCUUAGAGGAAGUCUCAGAGACCUUUUGUGUUGUGUGUCUGAUUGAGAUCAAAAUUAAGAGGUUGGUUUACUGAGACAGCUGUGUCCGCAGGAAACUAGUUCCUGUAGAAGCUUGGCACAGUCGAUGAUCUCUGUGAACACUGUGACUGAUCGUUGAUCUCAAUCCUCAUAGUGAAGCAAAUUAAAGAACACUAAGGGUGAAAACCUUGAAGGUGAUUCAAAAUACAUGUCUAAAAGACAUUCUUAGUCGACUAAUAAUAAUAUAUAUAAAACUUACCACAGUGGAAAAAGAAAUUGGGAUUUGAUGGAAAUUAAAAAAAAAAAAAAAAAAAGUGUAAAAAAUUGGUGGAUAAAAUAACAGUGAUAACUAAAACUGUUUAAAGAAAGAGAUGGGGAAUAUAAUAAAGGGACCAGACCAAUGACCAAAAAUUCAUGCUAUAUGCAUAACAAGAUUUUGAAUUCAAAAUAAACACUAAAGUGGUGUAAAACUAUGGAAUAAAUUAAGUGAAGACAUAAAAAAUAUUAAUGAAAUGAUAGAAAUAUAAUAGAAACUAUAUAAUAGAUAUAAUUUUAUAAUUGUUUUAUAUUAAUAUAAAAAAUAACCUAUAAUAGAACAAAAAUAAUAUAAUUGAUGUGCUUAAAUAUAAAGGCAUGCGUCAAUUAAAAUAUAGGAAAGAACAAGCUCAUUGAUUAAUUAGAUGGAAUGUUGUGGAAGUGGUGCACAAAUAUUAACAUUCUGUUAUAAUUCCUUUUUGUUAAAAUACUUUAUGUGGUGUAUGAAACUAACUAGUCUAUGUUCAGAUAUUGAAUACAAAUCAAUGAAAUGAAGCAAAAGCAACAAUGUUUGUUGUAGACAGUGAAGAAUGCUGUUGGCAAGAUAACAGUGGACAGAGAGGACGUGACAGAAAAAGGUUUAGAGGAUGUGGUGGACGACCAUUUAGGGUGAGAAAAGUGAGAGUGACGUUGAUGAGGAAGAACCUCAAGUAAAAGUGUACUUAUGUGAAAGACUGCAUGAUUACCCACAAAUUAGCCUAACCAUAUUUGUCAAAAAGGAAAACCUGCACAUGAGGUUGUUAACAGAGUUUAUGAUUGGAAUCCAAAAUAAAAGUGUGAAUACAGCUCAAUGACGGUGUGAAAGAGAAUAGCUCUGAACUGGAAAACCCAGACUGUGCCCACAGCCCACCUUAGAGGAAAUCAACAAUCAGCAACAGCGUGCUUACGGUUUGGCAGAGACGCUGCCCAUACUGCACGGCUGAGGCCACAGACCAGCUGACUGUCCACAGAAUGAUUCUGCUGGAGCAAAGUGAUGGGCGAGAGGCCGAUGGGGUUCCAGUACCAGUGUAGAUAACACUGAGGAGGGAGGUGAAUGCACUGACACACUCCACAAUGAAGAUACACACGCACGCACACGCAGACGCACUCACUGAUGAUGUCACAGCUAACAGCAAUGAAGAAUGCUUGCUAUGCUUAGACUCAGAAAUGCUCACAGCUAACUGCAAUGAAGAACGCUUGUAACGCUUAGAUUCAGAAAUGAUUUGACAAUGUUUUUCAAAUGUAGAAAAAAAAAAAAAAACUUAAUAAGUCAUGUCAGAGACAAUAUUAGACUAAUACACUCAGACCUGAUGCAGAACAAGGAAUAGCACUUGUCAUAGACUCCCUGUUAAGAAGUUGUGGUACCUGAUCCCUACAUUAUGUUGAAUAAUUUACACCCAGAUAAGCAGAUCUUCUCAGUUAUAGAUGUUAGUAAUGCCUUUUGUAGCAUCCCAGUUCCCCCAGGUUCACAAUUUUGGUUUGCGCUUAUUUACAAAGGUCAGCGAUGCAUGUACACCAGGCUACAAUAAGGUUAUUGUAAAAGCCCGACUAGUUUCCGACUAGUGUAUGCCAGCAAAUUUUGCUGAAAUUACACCCCCACACAGUAGUCAGAUAUUACUGUACGCAGAUGAUGUUCUGGUGGCGUCACAGACUGAAGAAGAAUGCAGUAAAGAUACUGUAGCACUUCUUUCAUUUCGGCCAGAGAACAGUCACAAAGUCAGUAAAAACAAACUGCAACUGUUAAAGAAAGAGUUUUCAAAAGUAGAGAACCUAGACCACAUUUACAGGACAAACCCAUACCUGGUUGUGUAUUUGUCUUUGUAAAUGGACCAAGCAAAAAAGUCUGAAACUAGAAAAACGCAGAGUGGCUGUGUGGUUCUGACUAAUAGUGAGCCCUUGAAAGCAGAACUGCUAUCCCCACACUACAGAGCACAAGCAGCAGGAAUAAUUGCACUGACAGAGACAUGCCGACUCAGGUCAGAUAGUUACCAUCUAUACUGAUAGCAGAUACGCACAAUGAACUAUUCAUAUAUUUACCAGUCAGUGGGAAAAUAGAGGCAUGAUGAUAUCAACGGGAAAGACUAUAAUGAAGGUGAUUUAAUGAAAAAUUUGUUAAAAGCGGUACAACUACCAGCAAAAAUAGCCAUUUGAUGCACUGCACUCUCAAAAGUGAAAAAAAAAUAAAAAUAAAAAAAUAAAUGGACUCAAAGGACAAACUGCUGAAAAGUUGUUAUUAUGUUUGACAAGAGGGGAAGCCAGUCCUACCAGCAUCCCUCUAUAAAUGGGCAGCAAUAUUAAGCCAUGGGCCUUGCCAUGUCUCAACGGGGGGAAUGGUAAGGAUAAUAAACAAAUACUAUACUACUUAUGGAUUUACAAAUUAUUCUAAAAAAUUUUGUUCCCGAUGCAUCAUAUGUGCUAAACAUAACCCUCAAGGAAAUAUUCGACAAACAAGAAGAACAUUCCCUAAAGCAGAAUAUCCAUUCCAAUAUUUACAUAUGGAUUUUAUAGAAUUAAAUAGAUGUCAAGGAAAAAAGUAUUGUCUGACAAUUAUAGAUCCUUUUUCUAAAUGGGUAGAAGUGUUUCCCACAACCACAAAUGAUGCACUAGCUGUUGCAAAAAUACUAGUACGAGACAUAAUACCUCGAUUUGGAAUACCAGAAAAGAUUUACAGUGAUAAUGGACCACAUUUUGUAAAUCAAGUCAUAUCCUCUAUUGCCAAACGAUUAAAUAUAGAUUUAAAAAACCAUUGUGCCUACCACCCUCAAAGUGCUGGGUUGGUGGAAAGAACUAAUGGCACAAUUAAAAGCAAAUUGAGAAAGGCCAUGAGACCAAUAUGGAUUGGGUUUCUUGUCUUGAUUUAGUCAAACUCAGUAUGAGAAUCACACCUAACGAGACUGGUUUGUCACCUUUUGAAAUAGUAUAUGGAAGAGAGUAUAGAACACCUCAGUUCCCUGAUAUACCAACAGACUUACAAAUAGAAGGGGACAUAGUUGAUUAUAUGUCAAAGGUGUUAAAAAUCACCAGAAAUGUUUUUCUGAAAAUGCUUUUCAAGAUGUGCCUUGCCCACAGGAGGGACCACUUCAGGUUGGUGACUGGGUGUUCACCAGAGUCAUAAAGCGCAAGAACUGGACCUCACCCCGGUGGGAAGGCCCGUAUAGAGUGACGCUGACAACGCCUACAGCCUGCAAAGUCGAAGGCAUCUCCCGGUGGAUACACAACACACACUGCAAAAGACAACAGGUACAGGCAACCGAGUAGUAUUGUCCGUGAGAAAAAACCCAACUGAGGGAGGGGAAAAGUCUGCCUACAAAGGGGGUCAGCAGCAUUUAGAGCACUGGUCGUCUCAACGGCAGCGAACAAACCAGCGGUACCUUCUCUCACUUAGGGGGACAUUCUCAUAAGGAGAUACUAUGAGGGGACACUGUCCAGCCAUGGGAGUUGUACUAACUGCCCAUGUACUGUUGAUUGAUGCUAGGCCACUCCCUGACCUCAUCCAGGAUGAGGAGAGACCUCCUGACCAGUAUCACACUAACUCGUGGUAUCGUUACAUGAAGUUUCUUGCUAAACAGAGCACUCAUAAUUUUACUGAAAGUGGCUGUUAUGUGUGUGGAAACAUGCCAAAAUCUGUUGCGAACCCCGAUGUACAAAUUCAGCCUGUAGACCCACAGCGAGAGCAAUUAUAUCCAGACACUUUACGUUCACUGGUGUCACCUGAUGCUUUCUAUGCCUCUUUCCGAGGUCAAACGAAAGGGCUAGUUCCACGUCCUCCACCAUACCAGGGUCGUAAUUAUACACAGUUUUUGAGUGCCAACUUCUCCACAGACAUCUUAUUUGAUCAUGUUCCUUUUCCUCCUCAGUUCAAGGGACACUGUUUCCAGAGCAGCAGCUUUUCUCUUUUAAAGAAUAAGGAUUUAGCCAUCUCCGUAGGGGAAGUUCCCCUGAAACACUGCCAGACUGUGAAGAUGCCUUGCACUCGCAGUGCCACCCAUUUCAACACUUCUGAGGCACCAAAGGGGGUUCAGUGUGUCCCUUAUUAUGAUGGUCCUGAUUUCAUGGGGACUCUCCCACAGUCUGAUAUCAAUCAUGUUUGUGGGCACACAAUCUAUGUGCAUCUUCCACCCAAUUGGGUAGGAUGCUGUGCCCCUGUUUAUGUUUCAGAUGGCUCCUACGUGAUAACACCACAGCAGAUGACUCACAAGGGACGGCUACGGAAGCGAGAGAUGGAUCUGAAGGAAAGUGAUCGGAUCUGGGGAUCAGACGUCCCCAUGGACAAGAAGCUCUGGACUACAGGCCAGAAAGUGGCACUAUCCCUAUUUCCAUGGUUGGGGGACCGCCUGGUGUUAGAUCUGCUCACUGCAAGCCAAGGUGGAGUGUGUGCAAUAGUGGGCCCCAAGUGCUGCACAUACAUUCCAGGAGACGACCAAGACGCAAAGGUCACCCAACAGGCACUCUGUGACCUACAGCACAUAUCCAAUGUGCAGGCGGCUGAUGUAGGGAAAGACAAAUCCUGGUUUGGUUGGUUUAGGUCUGGCACAUGGACUGACAUUCUGAUGAAGAUUUUUGGACCGAUUCUACUGAUUCUUUUGGUUCUGAUGCUGAUUGUGUUGUGCGUAAUUCCCUGUUUGAGGGCCAUGAUCAUCAGGAUGGUGAAUCAAGGCCUUCUCAGGGUGUGCGCAGUCAUGCACUCUCGGCAAAUACUCUAUACACCUUUGAGGCUCGAUAACUGUGAAGAGGAUCUCCACGAUGUCGACGGAAAUGGACGCUAAGCUGUGAAUAUUGUGCUUCUGUGCUUUUGACCCUGCCUACGAUGUUGUAACAUUUAUUCGAUGUUUUAUGAUGACUGCACUGAAAAUCAAAAGACGUUGUGCUGUUCUGAUGUAUGCAUGAUUGUUUAUUGAAUGUUUCAAUGUUUAACAGGAGGGAAAUGUUGGAAAAGUACUGCAUUUAAUCAUUGAAACAUUGUUGGAAU